UUCCAGGCUGCAGGUUUGCUCUCUUCGCCUAGAAAAUCCUAGAUUCCGAUGGCACUAAAUCCAUUGCUUCCCCUCAUUUCCAGUCGUCUGUUGAUCUUCCUAGUGGCGUUGGCUCAGCCCAUUCAAACAAAAUAUAUUCCUAUUGGAUCAUCUCUUACUGCUAAUUCCAAAAAUUCUAAAUGGAUUUCACCUAAUGGAGAUUUUGCAUUUGGAUUUUAUCCCGUCACUCCCUCUGUCUACCUAGUAGGUGUCUGGUUUGAUAGCAUAUCUGAUAAAACUCUGGCAUGGACUGUCAAAACGGGCAACAGAGGGCUUACAGUUGAAGAGGGGUCUACUCGACAGCUCUCUGCCGUGGGGCUUCACCUCUUGGAUUCCACAAGGACGCCGCUGUGGGCUUCAACUUACGCUGAAAACGUAAAUCUAUCUACGGCUGCAUUCCUAGACACUGGCAAUUUUGUGUUGAUAGGUCAUGUGUUCAAGUGGAAGUCUACCAUAUAUUCUAAAGCUUCUGCUACAAACUACUCAUCGGGCCGGUUCGAAUUGGUCUUACAAGAGGACGGUAAUUUGGUCCUUUAUCCAGUGGAGCGCGUUGGCGAGGAGCAGGGCGCUUACUGGUCUAGCAAGACCUAUCAGUAUUCUGAUAAUCCCAUCAACUUGAUUUUUGAUGAGAGUGGAGAGUUGUAUUUGGAAAACGACACCAGAAUUGAAAACAUCACUGAUGGCGAGACGGAAGGGAGCAGAUAUCUGCGCAGAGUGACGCUCAAUAGUGACGGCAUUCUGGGGAUGUAUAUUUGGAACGCAGACGGAGAUACUUCUUGGUAUCCUCUAUGGCAAUCUGUUACAGAUCCAUGCUCGCAGGUGAAAGGUCAGUGUGGACGCAAUGGUAUCUGUCAAAUAAGUAGCCUGAACCAGCCUCUUUGCGUUUGUCCUCCAGGCUUCCAUUUUACUGACAAAGAGGACCACUUCAGGGGAUGUUCGCCCAAUUCGCCUCCAGGACAGAGCUGCUCUGCAAGCGCUGUCAUGUAUAAGCUAGACAGCACGGAUUGGACGAUAGACUAUUUAACCGACUUAAGUAACGACUACAUGGUGCUGGAUAAUGUUACCGAGACCGAAUGCAAGAAGGCCUGCAUGGAUGACUGUAUGUGCACGGUAGUCACCUUUGAAGAUCGAUUGUGUCACAAGAAACGCUUGCCUCUAAUAGACGGCUAUCAAGAACUAUCUGUUAGCACUAAAACUUUCGUGAAAGUAAAGGGAGAUGUCCACUCUCCUCCCAUUUCUAAUCAAGCACCUCUUCCUCGCCUGCCAAACGAGGGUACCAAGAAGGGCAAGGUGGAGCAGCGCCUGGUGAUCGGGAUAAGUCUCAUGGGCAGCUCCUCAGCGCUUGUGGCAGCAUCUAUACUAAUUAUUUGGUUGUCUCGGUGUGGUCGUGGAAAGCAUGAAGAUGAGGAUGAGCAGGGUUUGGCAGCGUUUGCUUAUAAAGACAGAGAAUUCGCUACAGGAGGAUUCAAAGAAGAGUUGGGAAGAGGCGCCUUUGGACAAGUGUAUAAAGGCACACUUCCUGACGGCAGUGCAAUAGCCGUGAAGACCCUUGACAAACUGCUUUCCGAAUGCCUGGCGGAGAAGCAGUUUAGGAGGGAGAUGAGCGUAAUAGGCAUGAGCCAUCACAAGAAUCUUGUUCAGAUUUAUGGCUUUUGCGACCAAGACUCGCACAAGCUUCUGGUCUAUGAAUACGUCACAAAUGGAUCGCUCGAUAGGACUUUAUUUGUAGACAACGGCUUUCUCAGUUGGAGGACGCGUGUUCAAAUCGCCACGGGAACAGCGCGGGGCAUCCUCUAUCUGCACGAAGAAUGCGCAGCGCAGGUUGUACACUGCGAUAUAAGGCCUCAAAACAUUUUGCUCGACGACAACUACAAUCCGAAGAUUUCAGAUUUUGGCUUGGCAAAAUUGAUGAAGGCAGAGCAGACUCGAACAUCUACAGGAGCUCAGGGCACAAAGGGCUACGUAGUGCCCGAAUGAUACAAAAACAUGGCAAUCACUGUCAAAGUGGAUGUUUACAGCUUUGGGGUGAUGUUAUUGGAAAUCAUUUGUUGCAGGAAAACCAUCAAGUUAGAAGCCCCAGAAAACGAUAUCUUUCUAUCCCAGUGGGUCUACGAGUGCUUGAAACAUAACUCACUUGACAAAUUAGUGGAGAAGCAGCGAUCAGAAGGCAUCAUAGUUGAUUCCACUCAGCUGGAAAGAAUGGUGUUGGUGGGUCUGUGGUGUAUUCAAGAAAACCCAGCGUUAAGACCAUCAAUGAAGAAGGUUGUUCAGAUGUUGGAAGGAACAGUGGAGAUUGCGUUGCCCCCUUCUCCAGAAUCUUUUAUCAGUUUACUUUGAUUACUAGUAACUAUUUGCCCACAAAUAUAGCAUCCCUUUCUCUUCCUUCACAAAAUUAUGAUAAGUGCCUAUCUACCGUGAACCUCUGAUUUGUUAACUAGUAUUUCUUUGUGAAUCGCUGAUUUGUUUACAGUAUUUCUUUGUGAUUUUGUUGUUCCUCCUUGUGUAGGAACAUUGCGUUUGCUGUGUUAUUUUUCUAGCUCUUCUA